CAACGAUAUACUGACAGCGAAAGAUGGCUGUUACAUGUAUGUUGUCGCUAGCCUUGUUUUGGAGCUCUUUAUUAUGUCUGGUUCCCUCUUCUCUCCAAGAUGGCGCAGCAGGAAAUAUGGACAGAGAAUUGCAGCACAUUUUACAGAACUAUAAUAAAGUUCUCAGCCCGGCUACAAGGGACAAUCAGACAGUAUUGGUUAAACACGGAAUCACCGUAACACGGAUUGUAGACUUGAAAGAUGACGUUAUGACAUUAGACAUAUGGCAGGAUAUGGAAUGGACUGACGUUCGCCUACGCUGGAUGGCUGAUGAUGUUUUACGUCAAAUCAACAUCGCCACGGAUUUGAUUUGGGUGCCCGACAUUGUCCUAUACAACAGCGGAGGAAUAUCGUCUUACCUCCACCCACCAGAUACUCGCCAGGCACACGUGUUGUAUGACGGAACAGUGUUCGUCAGCUCCGCAUUGCGACUCCAUGUGUGGUGCGGGAAUGCGAAUGGCAGUUCACCUGUGGACCAAGAUGGUACCUACACGUGCAAUCUGAAAUUUGGUUCAUGGGGGUAUGACGGCUUUCGGAUGGAUUUACAUGGCCGUAUGGAUGACGUCGACCUCAGUUCUCUAUCCGAGCACAGGCAGUGGAGAGUGAAAAGCACAUCAAUGACUAGGAACGUCGUUCUUUAUUCCUGCUGUCCGGAACCAUUCCUUGACCUCUCGUACACCAUACAACUGGAGCCCAAAUACGGACCCUGUUAAGCCUUUUGGAAUUAGUCCAUGCACUCCAUACACAUUGCACCAAAAUACGGUUUGUCCUUGGCUUUUGUGAAGUUUAGUAUUGUUCUGAAGCUAUAUAUCAUUAUAGGACGAUGUGGAUCAUUGGUCAGUCCACACAUAUUACAUUAGAGCGAGUCCUUUUGGCUUUUGUAGAGUAAUUAAAAAAAAAAAUUUUAUCUGUCA